UUGCAUGUACUCAACUUGAUUUUACGUUGAUCUAUGGAAGGCUGGAAACUACAACAAUUGAAUCGAAAUUUCUUUGAUCCAGUAGCUAAACAUGAAUUGGAUGUACUGAUGUGUGCUGAAAUCGCACAUAAGGUAUUGCGCACUGACACAAUUUACAACAUUUUGACUCAAUUAGUGGAAGUGUCAUCAGAUUAUCAAAACGCAUUUGAGGCCGAAGUAAUUGGCAUGGUAGUAAUCACUGAUUAUAAUAACAAAACAUAUCGUGUGAGUGAUAUAGAUUUCGGUAUGUCGCCCAAAUCCACUUUCAAACGAAAGGAAAAAGAUGUCACAUUCGUAGAUUACUACAAACGACGUUAUAAUCUCACAAUUCGUGAUUUUAAUCAACCACUGUUGAUAUCGAAGCCUACCGAAAAAAAUACUAGAGGUGGUCAAGAUGAUUUAAUAAUAUUAGUUCCAGAACUGACAGGUGCUACUGGCCUAAAUUAUACUAUGCGUGGCGACUGGAUAUAAUUUUUAGAAUAAAUAUAAAUCUAUUUAUUUAAUUAGCUAUAAAUUUGCUUUUCUACAGAUUAAUGAAAGCAAUACAUGAGUGAAUCCGUCUGGACUCUCAUUUCCCAGGGAAUGUAGCCUCUGAUGCUGAUUUAUCAACUCAAAUCAGCUUGCCCCCUCUAAACAAUCCGAAACCGUUUCAAGUGACCAACACUUAAAUCAAGUGGGCUAUCCAAACUUUUAAACCUUAUAAAUCUCCAGGUCCGGACGGAAUUAUUCCCGCCGAUAUUCAACAGGGUGGAUUCGUAUGCAUGCUUAUACUAAAGGC